AUGGCAACUCACCCACCAAACCCGCCCCAGACGGUCUAUUGUCAAGGCUACUCUGCGGACGUGGAUACCAUCCGGGAACAAGAAUAUCCACUACUAAAUGAAACGACCUAUUUGGACCAUGCUGGCACAACAAUUUAUGCGAAGUCCACGAUCGAGGCUUUUUCCCGAGACAUGACUUCAAAUCUUUUUGGCAAUCCCCAUUCCAUGUCACUAUCGUCGCAACUUUCCACCCAGCGGACAGACGAUAUUCGACUCCGAGUUCUCCGCUUCUUCAACGCAGACCCAGAAGAGUAUGAUCUGGUCUUCGUUGCAAAUGCGACUGCAGCCAUUAAGCUUGUGACGGACUCGAUCCGAGACUCCGACCAUCGGGGUUUCUGGUAUGGCUACCAUGUUGAUGCCCACACUAGUUUGGUCGGCGUGCGAGAAGUUGCGGAUCUCGGUCACCAGUGCCUGCAAGGAGAUGACAAGGUAGAUGCUUGGAUUUCAGAAUUGGCCACAUCCGAGACAAAAGCCCCCAAACUUUUUGCCUACCCCGCGCAAUCGAAUCUGAACGGCCGCCGCCUUCCACUUCGAUGGUGCAAGGAGAUCCGUUCGGCCGCCGCCGUCAAUGGAGGAAAUGUAUUUACAUUACUUGAUGCAGCCUCGCUGUUAUCUACCGCGCCAUUGGACUUGAGCUCUGCGGCCCCGGACUUCACGGCGCUGAGCUUUUACAAGAUCUUUGGAUUUCCAGACUUGGGUGCCUUGAUAGUUCGGAAGAGCGCCGCCCGUGUUUUUGAAAGACGAAAGUACUUCGGCGGAGGCACCGUUGACAUGGUUGUAGCCGCUGGUGCCCAAUGGCAUGCCAAGAAGGAGACUUCCCUCCACGAGCGCCUCGAGGAUGGCACCCUUCCAUUCCACAAUAUCAUUGCUCUAGAUGCUGCCAUGGAUACCCAUGAACGUUUGUAUGGGUCGAUGGCAAAUAUCUCCUCCCAUACUGCAUUUUUGGCCAAACGCCUCUACGACCGCCUGUCCAUCCUAUCACAUUGGAACGAAACGCAUGUUUGCCAAAUAUAUCAGCCUAGCUCGUCCACGUAUGAUUGUCCCCUCACCCAGGGCCCAAUUCUGGCGUUCAAUUUAAGGAACAGCCAGGGCGAGUGGAUCCCCAAGACAGAGGUGGAAAAAUUGGCUACUGUACAGAAUAUUCAAAUAAGGACUGGCUCGGUUUGCAAUCCUGGCGGUACGGCCUCUUCGCUUGGAUGGACGGGCACGGAACUGCGUCGUCAUUAUACGACAGGGUUGCGCUGCGGUGAUGAUAACGACAUCCUAGGUGGUCGGCCCACCGGAGUUUUACGAGUGAGCAUAGGUGCAAUGACAAAUAUGAAAGACAUUGACUCUUUUGUUGAUUUCAUUGCGGAGUUUUAUGUGGAGAAUGCGCCCCCUGUUGUUUCCGUGGACCCGGCCACUGAGAAUGAUUCCGUCGGCCGCCACUUUUACAUCGAAAGCCUUUCGGUGUUCCCAAUCAAAAGUUGUGGCGCCUUCAAGAUCCCUGAAGGCAAACGAUGGGAAGUGAAGAGAGAGGGGCUAGCAUGGGAUCGAGAGUGGUGCCUCAUCCACCAAGGAACGGGUGCAGCGCUAAACCAGAAAAGAUACCCACGCAUGGCACUGAUUAGGCCAUCAAUUGAUCUCGAACGUGGUGUCCUCCGCAUUACCUGCGGUGUCAUGACCGACUCUGUAAGUCUCGAGAUCUCUCUUGGAUGGGAGGAUACAACUCUCAUAUCUACUUCUCUCUGCCCAAAUACUACAAAACGGUCCAUGGUAUGCGGCGAUCAGGUUUCUCUACAUGCCUACGCCUCACCAGUAGUAUCGGCAUUUUUCUCCGAUUUCCUUGGUGUCCCAUGCACACUGGCUCGAUUUCCCAGCCAAACGGCGGACCGGUUCUCCCGACCGACGCGUAUGUCCAGCACAUGGAGGAACAAAUUCCGCAAGCUCCUUAUGCCGGGCUCUUUCCCACCUGACCUUCCACCACCAGCCCGUGAUAAUGGACGGAGCCCUCUUCUACUAUCCAAUGAGAUGCCUAUCUUGGUGGUCUCGCGUUCAUCAGUCAAUCGCGUGAAUGAACUCAUCAAAGCAGCAGGCAAAUCAGGUGCAAGCAAAGCCGUUUCCGCCGAUGUAUUCCGUGGGAACAUUGUCGUCGCCGAACGGCUUGUUCAAAUGGGUGAUGCAGAGCAACCAUUUAUUGAGGACCACUGGUCUUCUCUGCGCAUUGGACCAGAUCAGCUUCGCAUGGAUGUGUUGGAGGCAUGCCAGCGCUGCCAGAUGGUGUGCAUCGAUCAGUUCACUGGACAGAGACGUGACGAGCCGUUUUCGACUCUCGCGAAAACCAGGAAUGUGGAUGGCAAAGUGAACUUUGGUCAAUAUGCCGCUCUUCCAAAUCAAGAGGCCGAGGCCUUUGGUUCGGACCCGCCAGAUCGCCGGACGAUCAUGGUGGGAGAUGUUGUUAUACCAACCUUUGAAAAUUAA